GAGCCCCUCCAGCCAGUCCCCUGCCCUGGGGCUGCCAGGGUGGACUGACCUCCUGCCUCCCCCUGUUGCCCCCAGAAGCUGAAUGUUGCCUGGCCUUCUUUGGACUGCCCUGCCUGGGUUCCCCGAGGCAUGUAGAUGUGGACCUCUCCCUCCGGCCCAGGAUCGUCUUCCCCAGUGCCCAGCACCAUGUCCAGCUCGCUGAGGAAGCGGAACAGUCUGGCCAACGACAACGGCUGCCUGGGCCUGAGCCUGGCCUUGGGGGCCCCGCCAGGGGGGCCGGUCCUGCCGCACAAGGGGCGGUGCGCCUACAGCUGCGGGGAGCUGCAGAGCAUCUUGGGGCUGCCCCCCUCCACGGAGGAGCCCUCCAACAGCAAGUGGAUGAAGGAGGGACAGAACCAGCUGCGACAGGCGGCCGAGCGUGGCCGGGACCAGAACCGCAACGAACUGAGCCUUCCCAGCAAGGAGUUGAGCAGGCUGCUGGUCCCGCUGACGAGGCAGGAGGGCCGAGCAGAGGACCCAGAGGCCGAGGAGGAGGAGGAAGAAGACGAAGAGGAGGAGGAGGAGGAAGAGGAGGAAGAGGAGGAGGAGGAGGAGGAGGAGGAAGGCUCCACCCCGGUCCGGAGUGAGCCUGUGACUGAGUCGGAGCAGAGCUCGGAGCGGGCAUUGCCUCGGGGGGAGCAAGGCCGCAGCGCCAGCCUCCUCUUUGCCACCCGCAACAGCACUGCCAGCGACGAAGAUUCCAGCUGGGCCACGCUCAGCCAGGGCAGUCCGACCGGCAGCUCCCCGGACGAGGCCGCCAGGCUCCGAAGGCCCCUGGGGGAGCAGUGA